CACUCUCCCUCUCUAUCUUUCCUACAAUACUUGUUAUCAGAAACUCUUUUAUCUUGGGUUGUUGAUUCACGGCGCAUUCGUGAUAGUACCUACCCACGCCUCAGUGACAAUUCACCUGUUUUCGGACAUCUUCUAACUCAUUUUUUUCUUAUUUCAAAGCGAAAGAAGUGUGCGACCAGUGAAAAAUGCGUACGAAAAGUGUUCUCUACUACCUGGCUCUGGGCUUCUUGAUAAUGAGCCUAAUGAUGGGAGAAGUUGAGGCCCGACGUAGAAUUCUUCGAGGACGCAAAACUAUCACUCGAAGUUACUACAGACCCGCUGGUAUUCCUGCAUGGUCUAUCGUAGUCAUCGCGGGAAUCGGAAUGUUGGCAGCCGGCGGUGGUCUCUACGUUCUCUUGAAAAAGACCAUAAUCGAUGGAUCUGACGAGAGUGGAGCCAGUUCGUAUCAUCCGGCAAUGCAAGAUGAAGUUUAAAUUUUAACCGACUAUUCAAUCCUCUUUCAUUUUUUUAUACGUAAUCGUGACAUUAUUACAAAAUGAAUUACUACGUACAGAUCUUCAAAAUCAUAUUUCGAAUUCAAUGCCGAUGAAAAUGACAUUUACAUUCUAAUUUAAGAUUUAAAAACGUGUCUCGAUGACAUUUGUUAUUCGAAUAUUUCAUGUGUAGCGUGAAAAUUUCAUCAAUACAAAUAAAUAAUAGAGACAUUAAAACAAACACUCGUUAAAGAUUGAAGAUCAUUCCUUAGAUUGAUUUUUUUUUGUACAAACACAUUACAGCGUAGAACCUGAUUAUUCUUACAUUUUUGUCCA